GGCGUAUCAUCGUUCAGCGUGCUGGUCAUGACUCUGUUUGAUUUAUCGAAGGAAUUGGUUAUCUUAAUCUUAGAAGAACUCGAUCCAUGGACUCUCCUGCAAUUUUGCAAUGCCUCUCAAUGGAUCCACCUUAUAGCAUUUAAUUGCACUGCACUACGCUACAAAUACGAGCUUGCACUUUGCGGUUUGAAGGAUGGGCCACGGUCUCUGCAGCUCCCUCGUGCUAGGCUUGAACAGCUUUUGAACCACAAGAGAGGAUGGCCAACAUUAUCAUGGUCGUUGGAGGAUAUACUCCGUAUAGCCCCUCCCACAAUAAUAGGAGUCUCUGGAGGAUUUCUUUUCCAUGCCAGCGAGAGCAGUCUCAAUAACGGACAUUUUCAAUGGACCCUCCAGCUAUACGAAUUGCGUUCCUUUCGAAAGGUCGCUGCCCCUCUUCGCCAUCUCAAAUACAAUGUGCCGUUUGACAUUCGGCGUGUGGCCAUUGAUCCAUCCCAGAAUCUCAUGGUGCUAGCCGACCUUUAUCAUCCCUCAAAUAAUUCUGUGAUCACUGCCAGACUCCACUUUCUCGAUCUAUGGACUUUUCAGCAGCACAGGCAAGCCGCUCAAUUACGAUACACAUUCCACACCGAUUGGUGGGGAGUGUUACCUCCGGGACAGCGGAUCUGGAUACAGCAAG